AUCCAGAACCAUGGGUGCCAAGGUUUCAGUCGUCAAUCAGACUCCUUACACCUGGUACUUUGACACCCAGGACAACAGAGGAUAUACAUACAUCGGUCCUGGCAGCACCACAUCCUAUGAAGAGGCUCUGGCAAUCCAUCGCUACAUCUACUUCAGAUAUGAAAAUCACUCGUGGAGUAGUUUUUCAUACGAGUUUAACACGCAUAAAGGCAACACGUGUUUUAUCCUAAAAGAAACCUACGACCGUUCCCAGAUUCAGAUGCACUGCACUUCUGAGGGCGGCACUCAUUACUGUCCCAACUACGGAAAAAUUAAAGAAGAUGAAAACCGGAGACAGCAGCAGGAGGAGGAGGAGAGAAGACGUCAGAACCGACAAAUUGAAGAAGAGAACAAACGGAGACAGCAAGAAGAGGAGAAAAGGCGUCUGGAACGUUUGGAACGUGAGCAAAGGAUUCAACAGGAGCUGGACAGAGAGAGUGAACUGUCCAGACGCAAGCUUUCUCGAGCAACUGAGCGGCUUCGUGAAAAACAGAGCUUCAGAGGUCAUGAGAAACAUCAUGAACGCACACAAGUUCUCCAACAGCAAAUAGAAGAUGAUGCUGCUGCGAUUGAGUGGAACGAGGUAUGACUUUCAAUUCAGAUUACAUUUCAUUACUGUAUAAUACAGCAUGUGAUAAAGUAGCACUUUUUACUGAGACCCGAUCAUUUUUUUCACAUUUAUUUAUGUAGGUUAUUGAUAUCGAAGAAAAAUUCAACAACCUUUUAUUAAAGUACCAGAUCACAGAAGAUAAAGAAAUACAGCAGCACCAGAUUUGGAGCAGGAUUAAGAUACUCCAGAAUGAACUUGCAGUUCAAUAUUGUAGAGAAAACAACCUUGCAGUAUGGUCUCAAUUUGCCUUUGAUCAAGCUGUAAGAUAUGAUGAACUGUCUCUUACAGAGAAGCUCACAGUUCUUGAGGCAUCUCUACAGUUCAUCAUGCACGCUAGCACUGAAGAUGCUAAAGAUGAUGAAGAUCAGCCGCUUGGUUGGGAGAAGUACCACUUUUUCUUGGGUUUGUUGGAGCAGCUUCAUUUCACAAGUCCAACUUUGGCCGAACACAUUUUAUUAAAUGUACUUGACACGAUCUCAGAGCUUUCACCCCAAAGUAGGGACAUUUUGGGUCAAAUGUUGUUCAACAGAAUCUGGACACCAACAGAAAUAAUGCUCUUACUUAGCAGAAGUCCAACAAUUAAAUGCCAUCAACUCGAUUUAGUUCUCCACACAGCACAAACCUACCACCUGGACUGCAUCCCCGUUCUCUCUGCUCUUAUGGAUGAAAACCCUUUAAACUUUCUUCAAGAACAAAUAAAAAACGACAAGGAAAAAGAUGCUGAUACAAUUGUGAAGGAACUUCAUGAAGCAAUCUGCCCAGAGAAAGUCUUGGUGCCUUUGAAUGAUGUGCUCAGAUACAUGGAGUUGGAACUCCCAAAAUAUCAAUUGGUGGACCUUACCAAAGAACAAAUUGCUGAAUUGAAAGGAAACAUAAGAUCUCUUAAUUUUACAAACCUAGAUAUAAGCCUUUUGAAAAACAUAUUGAUUGGGAUGUCAAUAGCAGUGCAAGACUGCUCAACAAUCAUCACAGCAGACAAUGUGAAAAUUGAAGGAUAUUUUCCAAGACUUACACAACUCGCAUCAUUGCUUUUGCUUCUUCUGACAGAAAAUAAAGGAUGUCUCCUAGAGAUUGGCACAGGUGAGGGCAAGUCCUGUAUCUUAGCCAUGUUUGCAACAAUUCUGGCUAUUCGUGGAAUAAAAGUGGACAUUGUGACGAGCUCUCCAGUUCUUGCCCGACGAG